AUGGCCGCCUUAUCGACCGAGGGCGGCUGGAUGCGCCGGGCCAAGGCGGCGGGCGAUGCGAUCAUCGCCGGCAAGUCGCCAGAGGUUGCGGAAGCUGCUGGUGAGGCUGCGGGCACAGCGGCUCAAAAGGCGCUGGAUGCCGGCCUCUCGCCGGACGCAGUCGAUGCGGCUGGCGAGGCGGCAGGCGAGGCUAUCCUUGCGGGCAAGAGCCCCGAGGUUGCGGCCGCCGCUGGCGAGGCUGCCGGCAAGGCGGCUCAGAAGGCGCUCGACGACGGCUUGUCACCGGAUGCUGCCGAUGCGGCGGGCAAGGUGGCGGGCGACGCCAUCAUCGCAGGCUACACGCCCGAGCAGGCAGCGGCGGCCGGCGAGGCGGCGGGCAAGGCGGCCCAGAAGGCGCUCGAUGCCGGCCUGUCGCCGGAAGCGGCUGAUGCGGCUGGCGAGGCGGCAGGCGAGGCUGUCCUCGCUGGCAAGUCGCCCGAGGAGGCGGCUGCUGCGGGCGAGGCUGCCGGCACGGCGGCCCAGAAGGCGCUCGACGACGGUUUGUCGCCCGAGGCAGCUGCGGCCGCGGGUGAGGCGGCGGGUGACGCCAUCAUCGCCGGCAAGAGCCCCGAGGUGGCGGCCGCUGCUGGAGAGGCUGCCGGCAAGGCGGCCCAGGCUGCGCUCGACGCCGGCCUGUCGACAGAGGCGGCGGAUGCGGCUGGUGAGGCGGCAGGCAAGGCUAUCAUCGCAGGCAAGUCGCCCGAGGUGGCUGCGGCCGCUGGCGACGCUGCCGGCAAGGCGGCCCAGAAGGCGCUCGACGAUGGCUUGUCGCCCGAGGCUGUCGAUGCGGCGGGCGAGUCGGCGGGCGACGCCAUCAUCGCCGGCAAGAGCGCCGAGGUGGCGGCGGCCGCGG